CUUGGUUAAGUAGGUUAGGUUCUCAAUUCUAUACCGAAACGUUGUUGAAUGUUUUGAUUGCCCGCCAGCCCUUUGUUUAUACUUUUGAUUAGAUUGAAUGAAACACGGUUUUCUGUGGUCAUGUUGAAUUGUGACAACUGUGUUCGUCGUUUCACAGUUCGAGAGAUCACCCACUACAAAUGCGAAAUUCUCUUUCAGAAAUCGCAUGGAAUUUAAGUUGUCAAUCAGAUGUGAAUGGAAAAUAAAGAAAUUACAAGUACAUCAGAAAUGACGACUCCUAAGAAGAUUAUGUCGAGAAGAUCUGUCUAUGAAUCUCCUCAGGUUCGUCACAAGAAGCUGAGGGAAAUGCUUGAUCGUACAAGCAUGCUUCAAGGAAAUGCCACUAUGGCAUGUCUCGACGUUCUUGCGGAGACUGUUCAGGAAGUAGAGAACAUUCAUCUUGACAUUGACGAUAAAAUUCUAAAUCAAGAUCAGAUUCUAUUAGACUCUCAGGUGAUGAAGGCUUCAUCAGAAGUCAUCAGAGGUGCUGCGGAGUCUCUUUAUCAGGAGACAAACCCUUACAAUGCUGCUGAUUUCGCUACGAAUUUACUCAAGUACAUACGUAAUUUAUCUGACGAAACAGUAGCAGAGCCACAGUGGGAGCUUCUCGGACGAGAGGUAGCUGGAUUUAUCAAGCCAUGCGGUUGGUCAUCAACUCUUCUCCACUGCAUGGAGCCUAUCAUAAAGGUUGAAAAAGAGCAGCGGAAAGCUAGAGAGAAAACCACGAGGGAUGUCCUCAUGCCAGCCAAGAAGCCUGACACAGUCGUGGCUAUUGCCAACGAUGAUAAUCCGGUCGACAAAAGUGUCGACAAGAUCGCUCACGUGAUCAAGAAAUACUAUAAACGUCAUCAAGAGCCUCUGAACUUCUUCAAACUUAUCGUCAAUCCACUUGAUUUCGGAAAGACUGUCGAGAAUAUGCUCCAUGUGGCUUUUCUGGUUAGGGAUGGCAGGAUGGAACUAUUUGUUGGCGACGAUGAUGAUCUUUUCAUCCAGCCAGUUGCUAAGGAAAUCCUAGAAGAGCAAGCGGCACACGAAAAUGUCAACAGAAUUGCCAAUAUCCCAACUCUGAACAUGGAAACAUGGAAACUGCUGGUCGAAGUCUUGGAAAUUACCGAAGCCAUGAUCAACUUUGAAUAA